AUGACUAGAGAAAUGAAUUCGUACAGACUCAGCGAGGGGAACGUGUUAACAGGCCGUGUUGUUGGGCCUAUGCAGCGUGCGAAGGAGGUGCAGGUGCAGCGCCUGGGUUCAGCUGCUCCCUUGGAUUGCAGUGAACGGCAGAUAUGCAUCGACUGCCGGGAGCAGACACAGAGGGCGACUGCAGGGGAUCUCAUUCCGCUUCAACUGCAACUUGAGCUCGAGCGUUGGGGGCAGCAUCUGGAGGCUGGAGCUGCGCGCCGGCAAAGGGAUGCUGAUCUCACCACCGAGCAGUGCCCGGACACGGUGAGCGCAAUGCCGGUAGCCGCGUGGCCAGCAGACGAGGCGAGGAAUGCCUUUGGGACGACGACGACGACGUCCGAACGCCGAGGCAGUUGGAAGGGGAGGAAGCCGGAGGCACAAGCUCGCAACGAGGAAUACAUCGCGGGAGGGAAGGAAACGAGUCGCCGAGGAAGGUGGUCGCAUCGUCUGUGGAUAACAAGGAUGGGAGACCCGCUCCCGGUUCCCACACCCCAGGUCGCGAGGAUCGCCCAUGGCGUGCCCCGGGCAGCCCCCGCGCCGACGCCACCGGUGGCUGCCAGCCCGGCACAUGUGGCACCUUCCUCCACCUCUCCUCCCUCCCCGGCAAACUCUUCUGCGGGCCCUCCGCCCCCGCGGGGCACCCGGUCGCUCGCGCCGCCAACAACGCCGGAGGCCUAUGGGGGUGGGGGAGCAGGGGAGGCAGAGGUACCUGCCCUUGCCGGCAUCAACGAUGGUGAGGUCGGCAACGGGGCGACCUCACGGCCCAGCCCCCACGAUAGUAGGACCCGACUCCACGCCUCGACGACCUCCAGCCGACCUCCGUCACCGCACUGCCGCGCCGUCGAGUCCUUCCACUGGCGCGCCCCGGCAACUGGGGGCGGACGCCGGCCAGCUCGGCCACACCCCCUGCCGAGCCAUGCCCCGCGGGUGUCCGGGACUCGGGGCUGGUCCUCUGCGGGCCUCCUCCCCGACACCGCCGACGACAGCUACGCCGGCGCGUCCUCGCCUCAUCCCUCUGCGCGGACGCCGGAGUCGCAAAGGGCGACCCUUGGAUGCAGGCGGUCUCCACGAGCAGGAGUUCCUCCCUGUCCCCUCUUGCCUCACCCUUCUUCCCUGCCAAGCAGUCCGCGGGUAGGUUAG